UGUAUUUUCUGUCAAACGAAAACACACACACGCAUACAAAGUAAUCGUGAUGGGGAGUUCACCGGAAACGGAGCAUCCUGUGAAGGCGUUGGGAUAUGCCGCUAGAGACUCAUCCGGCGUACUCUCACCCUUCAACUUCUCCCGGAGGGAAACAGGAGAUGAAGACGUGAGGUUCAAAGUUUUGUAUUGCGGUGUUUGUCACUCGGAUCUUCACUCUAUCAAGAAUGACUGGUUCAAUGCUAAGUACCCUUUGGUCCCUGGCCAUGAAAUUGUGGGUGAGGUGACUGCGGUGGGCAGCAAGGUCAAAAAAGUCAAAGUUGGAGACAGAGUUGGGGUGGGUUGUUUGGUUGGAUCUUGUCGUUCAUGCGAUCAAUGUGGUGUUGAUCAAGAGCAAUACUGCCCAAAACAGGUAGCGACAUACAAUGCCACCUUUGAGGUAACUUAUGGUGGCUACUCUGACCACAUGGUUGUCAAUGAACACUUCAUUAUAUCCUGGCCCGCAGACCUUCCACUAUCAAGUGGUGCACCUCUCCUAUGUGCCGGAGUUACUGUUUACAGCCCAAUGCGAUACUAUGGGCUCGAUAAGCCUGGGAUGCACGUUGGUGUAGUCGGUCUUGGUGGUUUAGGCCAUGUAGCUAUAAAGUUUCUUAAAGCUCUUGGUGUUAAGGUUACUGUGAUCAGCACUAACCCCAACAAAAAAGAUGAAGCUACAAGUAAACUUGGAGCUGAUUCGUUUCUGGUCAGCCGUGAUCAAGACCAGAUGCAGGGUGCUGUGGGUACUAUGGAUGGUAUUAUUGACACCGUAUCUGCUGAACAUCCUCUCGUGCCUUUGAUUAGUAUUCUAAAGCCCAAUGGGAAGUUGGUCUUGGUUGGUGCUCCCACCGAGCCACAUGAAGUACCAGCUUUCCCAUUGCUUGUCGGGAGGAAACUGGUGGGAGGAAGUUUGAUUGGAGGAAUUAAAGAGACACAAGAGAUGAUUGAUUUUGCAGCAAGCCACAAGAUAACAGCCGACAUUGAGCUCAUCCCUAUAGACUAUAUCAAUACUGCCAUGGAGCGGCUUCAGAAAUCUGAUAUUCGUUAUCGCUUUGUUAUUGAUGUGGCCAACACAUUAAAAGCCACCUAGUUUCAUAUACUUCAACUCCCUACAGUUGCAUUUCAUAUGCAAAUUU